UGGUAGAAUGGCGUCUUUUUCUUAUUAAAUUAAACGCAGUAUUUAGACAUAUUUAGUAUCGUUUUGUAGUUUUAAAUAUUCAAAAGUGUAAAAAAGUGUUAUCAAAGUUUACAUUUCGAAGAUUUAGUCGCAUUUCGAGCCAGUAAAGCGAUCAGGCAGGUAUGUCGUGGCGAGGCCGCGACGACCGCACCUCGCGGUGGAACGAGCACGACACGCGCUGGUCCGACGGCCGCAGCCGCUCCGUCGUGUGGGAGCCGCGCCGCAGCGCCUCCCCCGGGCGCAGGUCGCCCCGCGACCGCCGCGACCGCCACGACCGCGACCGACACGACCGCGACCGACACGACCGGUACGACCGCGACUCCGACCGGUACGACCGCGACUCCGACCGGCACGACCGCGACUCCGACCGGUACCGCGGUCGCGAGCGGUACGACCGGCGCGACCGGGAGCGGCGUCGGUCGCCGCGCCGCCACUUCGACGACAAAGACAAGGACGUGCCUCAGCCGCCCACGCCGCCCAACAUAAGCGGGGAGAAGGACGACAGAUCGCGUUCCGGCAGCCGAUCGCGUAGUAGGGAGCGGCCGGUCCACGACGACCGCGAGUCGAAAGAGAAGGACGAUCAGAACUCUGUGAACGCUUCCCCGGGCGACUGGUUCUGCAAGUGUGGGUUGUACAACUUCAAGCGGAGACAGAUCUGCUACAGACGAAACUGUCAAGGGAAGAGGUCGGACGGGAUAGUGUUCAAUGGUGAGACAGAGAGGAAUGACGCACUGGAUGGUGCGGGGAUUACGAAACGGCUGUUGUUCCGAAGGUUAGAUGCCUUAACUACUGAGGAAAAGAUUUUGGACGAAAUCAAAGAAAGGUGCUCCAAGUCUGUCCUAGAUUCCAUAGCUGGCAUAACUAUCGGUAGGGAAACAUUGACGGGUGCUUCUAAAUGUCUUGCAUAUAUUAAUUUCAAUUCCAUCGCUGAUUCCACUGCGGCACAUAGUGAGUUGUUAGCUUUGCAUCCUCCAUUAGAAAUCGAUGGGCGGGAGGUAUUGAUUACAUUCUACAAUGAGCCCAAGAAGUGGCAGAAGUCCCAGAAUUCUGAUUACUCAACAUAUUAUGCACAAAUGACAAACUAUGGUUCCACAUCACAUGCUUUAUCCGAAGCUGACAGAGUGAAUGCUGCCGCUGCUGUGGCACAGUCUGCUAUAUCGGCUGCUCAAGCUCGGCAAAUGUCCUGGACACCGGUGUCCGUACCCACAUUUGUGGGAUCCUCUGUACAAACAGUUCCUUCUGUAAAAGUACCAACAGGUGAUGGAAAAACUGUGUACACUCCACCUGAUGUGAGGACCUUCUUGUAUGAUGAAAGCUCUGGGUACUAUUAUGAUCCAGCCACCGGGUUGUACUACGACGGUAAUACACAGUACUUCUUCAACAGCCAGCUGUCUCAGUACAUGUAUUGGGAUGCUACAACAUCCACCUAUAUUGCUGCGACCCAGUCCCAACAGAAUACAGAUCAGCCAAAAUUGCCUAAUCCGCCUCAAGCUACAUCAGAAAACACAAUAACUAAAGAACAGCCUGAGGAAAAGAAAAAGAAAGAUAAGGAGGACAAAGUGAAAGUUGCUAAAAAGAUAGCAAAAGAUAUGGAGAGAUGGGCGCGAACUUUGAACCAGAAAAAAGAGAAUGCUCGCAGCAAUAUUGUUAUGGAACAACCACUGGACACUGGUGCUAGUAAGGGUUCAGCUGAUAUAGGCUUUUCAGUAUUAGGAGCUGGACCAACGAUAACUACCCACGUUAGGGAACUCUCCCCUCCACCAGUCUCCACAGAUGACUUUUUACUUAAAAAAGUUUCCGAAUCUACAUUUGACAAUGAUGAUGGUAUUAUUGAUUGGUCCAAACUAACUUGUCUACUAUGUAAGCGCCGUUUCCCUUCCGUUGAAGUGUUAACGAAGCACAAAACUCUAUCAGACCUACACAAGCAGAACUUAGCAGAAUAUCAGAAGAAGAAUGAUUUGUUACCACAGACAAAUGGUUAUAGAGAUAGGGCUGCGGAAAGGAGGAUGAAGUUUGGUGAGGAUGAGACUCCAGUUAGGAGACGGUAUGACCCUCCAGAUAUGGUAGUGCAUGCUGCUUUGCCUCCUCAUCCUCCUCCAUCAGUUGUGGAUACCAUUGGAGGAAAGAUGUUGCAGAAAAUGGGUUGGUCUGAAGGCAGAGGCUUAGGAAAAGAGGAACAAGGCAGAAUAGCACCUAUUGAAGCUGAACAGAGACCAAGCUUGGCCGGCCUCGGCCAGAAGAGAGGGAUAUACACUCCCACACCUGGGGAAACAUACAGAGACACUGUGAAGAAACUUAUGAUUGCUCGCUACAAAGAAGUUGUUGGCCAAGAGGAAGGGAAAUAGAUACGCGGAGCCUACCUAGGGGUCAGCAUACCAUUAUACCAGCUCAUACAUGAGUCCCGCCAGCAUCCGGACCAGUGCCAAUCAUUGUAAAGUUGCAUCUUUAGCUUAUAUAUAAGUUUAAUGUAAGUUUAGUACAUGCUGAAUAAGUUUAUCCACGGAUCACCAAGGGUGUAUUUUGAUUAGGUUAAUAAUUAUCAAAAUACUUAUACCUACUUAAAAAGAAAACUUAAUAGCGAGAUGUAGAACAAUGUAUAAAACUAAACAACGCCAUCUAGUGGUAGAGUUCAUAAUUGAUUAUUUAUAAAUACAUCUGCACAUGAAGACAUAAUGUAUUGCAUGUUAUCUUAACUGUCUAAAUAAUAAUUAAUUAAUAAUAAUAAUCAUCUUAUUUGUCACAAAUAAAAACUU